AUGGAAAGGUCUACAACUUCUGAUACGGCCUCUGAAAAGCCUAAUCCUUCCCACCACAGUACAGGGGCUGUUCAAAUGAGGAUCAAAAAUGCCAACAGUCACCACGAUAGACUGAGCCAAAGCAAAUCUAUGAUUCUGUCCGAGAAUGUGAAAGUCGCUGAGCCUGUAAAUCGUCAUAGACGAAAUCAUUCCCAGCACAACUUAACGCUUGCGGACAUCAUUAGUACACAGGACCACACGGUAGUGGAGAAAGAAGGAUAUCUUCUCAAAGCUAAAAUAGCAGAUGGUGGCAAGAAAUUAAGGAAAAACUGGUCCACGUCCUGGAUUGUCCUCACUGCUCGGAAAAUGGAAUUCUACAAAGAAUCCAAGCAGCCGGCGCUGGCCAACCUGAAACCGGGAUAUAAACCUGAGUGUGUGGAUUUGUGUGGUGCUCGCAUUGAGUGGACCUCAGAGAAAUCCAGCAGAAAGAAUGUCUUUCAGAUCACGACAGUGUCAGGAAAUGAGUUCCUCCUUCAGUCGGAUAUCGACUUUCUCAUAUUGGAUUGGUUCCACGCUAUCAAAAAUGCAAUUGACAGAUUGCCAAAAGAACGGAGUUGUACAUCGAGAAAUUUGGAGUUCAAACUCAGAAGAUCCUCCAGCAUCGAAUUACUGAAUAGCUUAGACACUGAAUCCAAAGAACCAAAGCCUGAACACAGAAAAUCUUUAAUUUUCAGACUGAACUACAGUGCCUCUGACACAAAUGACAGAAACCGAGUUAAAAGCAGAUUAAAGAAGUUCAUCUCCCGACGACCCUCCUUGAAAACAUUGCAAGAAAAGGGACUUAUUAAAGAUCAAAUUUUUGGCUCCCAUUUGCACUUGGUUUGUGAGCAUGAGAAAUCUACAGUCCCCCAGUUUGUAAGACUGUGUAUAAAAGCUGUUGAAAAAAGAGGUCUAGAUGUUGAUGGAAUAUACAGAGUUAGCGGCAAUCUGGCAACAAUACAGAAGUUACGAUUUGUUGUCAAUCAGGAAGAGAAGCUGAAUUUGGACGACAGCCAGUGGGAGGACAUCCACGUUGUCACCGGAGCACUCAAGAUGUUUUUCAGAGAGCUGCCUGAGCCGCUGUUCCCAUACUGCUUCUUUGAACAGUUUGUGGAGGCGAUAAAAAUCCAGGACAACGCCACUCGCAUCAAAGCCAUAAGGAGCCUGGUAAAAAAGCUCCCCAGACCAAACUAUGACACAAUGAAAAUCCUUUUUGAACAUCUGAAGAAGAUAGCAGCCAAGGAAUCCGUGAAUCUUAUGUCAACACAAAGCUUAGGAAUUGUGUUUGGACCAACACUCCUUAGACCUGAAAAGGAGACAGGGAACAUGGCAGUCCACAUGCUGUACCAAAAUCAGAUAGUUGAACUUAUGUUGAGUGAGUACAGCAAGAUCUUCGGCUCUGAGGAAGACUGACAGACAGGGCCUGUUAUUGAA